AGAGAUAAGGCGGCCAUGCCUCUGCUCCAUUUUAAAAAUGGUGGGAAUAGACAACAGUUGGAGGCUUUUCUGUCUCUUUUUUGGUGUGGCUGCGCGCCUUUUGCCACACUCAUUGAAAAGGCAAGAGUCCGAAUGGAGGAGACGCUUCAACAAGAGAGGCAGGAGUUGGAGGACACAAUCCAGAAUGAGGAGGAAGGUGGGAUUCGUCGCCGAUUGAGAGACAGGGACCUCCUCAGGAAGAGAAAAGCCGAAGCAGAAGAGAAGGAAACUUACCAGUGGGUUUUUGGGGUGGAGAGCCAAAGAAAGAGAUCAAGAACUCAAAAUGGCACGAAGAGGAGGGGGAGGCCCAGAAAGAUCGACUCAGGGCCUCACAUGUCAGUUGUUCAGGAGGAGGCGCCUGACACUCAGUUUCCUCCUACAGCUGCUGUGGCUCCUGCAGCGGCGGCGGCAGACAUCUCAGAGCAAAUCUCAGGCUUUCUGCCCCCCUGUGUGGUGAAGGAGUCAACGUCAGCUCCUGCGCUCGCUUCUCCUGGACUUGACUUUGUCCAGAGCUCAGUGUUUGAUUCUACUCUGCCAUCUUCUGCUCCACUAAACCCAGUUUUGGUUACCUUCUCUCCUGCUCCUCUUCAAGAUUCAGCUUCACUUCCAGCUCUGACCCCCGAUGGAGCGCCACCUCUAUCUUUAACCACAGGACUUGCUCCUGCUUUUGCUCCUUCUCCUGCUCCACUUUUUGGUCCUUCUCCAGCUCCUGCUCCUCCUGCUCCCGUUCUUGGUCCUACUCCUGCUCCAGCUCCAGCCCUUUUCCAAGACGGUGUUCCAGCUCCAGCUCUUGUUCCUCCCUCAGCUCCCUCCCAGUUGGAGAACCUGUACGUAGAACCUGGGCGGGGGGAAAAUCUUGAAAAGGUCCAGAUUGAGGACUUGGGUCCUGAUGAGGAGGAAGAUGUUUCUGCAUACCCAGGAAAAGGAACAGAUGCAGAUUUAAAGGAAACGAUGCUGAUCAAUGCGCCAGAACAAAACAAAAUCUUCUCAGUUCAAACUUUGCCCUCCACACCACAGUAUCUGCCUGGAAACUGAUCCUGUUUUUCCUAAAAUGACCUUUAAAAUGCUGGUUUUAGGCUAAGAAUGCGCUCAGUCAGUGUUGGAAAAACACAUUUUGCUUUGCUUUACCUAAAAAUCAAGGAAAUCUUACCAAUUAGUUUGCUUAUUUAUUCACUGAAACAUUAGAAAAAAUAUAUUUUACGUGUGUGUUUAUGCGUGUAUUUUAUCUAGAAGUCAAUAUGCAUCACAUUAAGCUUCUUUUUUAAUGUGCUAAAAAUGUUAUGUAAUUAUAAUACGUUUGAUUCCUAGUGUUGAUAGUAAAAGGAUUAUUGUCUUAUUAAUACACAUGUAGCAAUAAAAAGAAUAAAGUGUGAAUAAAUGA